CUUUACAUUUGCUCCGACGAUUUAAGUGUUGGAAGUUCCGGGAUUUAGAUACAUGUAGAUAGUUGAGAAUGACUCUGACAGAGGAAGCUACAUUUCUGCCAGGCAUGCAGGACAGUAACUCCGACCGCAUGUCUUCACACCAUAAAUGGGACAUCAACGACAACACACUCCCUGUGGUUAACGAGUUCGAUGCGUUCAAAGAAUGGCCCGAUGGUAACUGUCGGUAUGUGUACAGUGGUGAUGUGGAGGACGGUAGGAGACAUGUCAGUGGCUGGGCCAUGAGGAACACAAACAACCAUAACGCUCUCAUCCUAAAGAAGUCAUGUCUUGGAGUGUUCGUAUGUAGCCAUGACUGCUCACUGGACAGUGGGGAUAAAGUCCAUCUUAGACCUGCGAUCUGUGACAAAGCUAGGAGGAAACAAGUUGGUAAAGCAUGUCCGAAUUCGCGCUGUUCAGGCCGACUGGAACUCAUGUCCUGCCGAGGCCAUUGUGGCUACCCUGUCACCCAUUUCUGGCGGAAUCUUCAUGGUGCUAUCUAUUUCCAGGCGAAAGGAAUCCACGACCACCCUCAACCAGAGGUAAAAGCCUCCGCUGAAGCUAGGCGACAUAAUAAGAUAAUUCGACAGCAGGAAAAGUUGAUGAUGAUGAAUAUUUCUGUACGGAAACGACUUCGCGGGUCGUCCAAUACAGGUGUACACAAAGAAAUACACAGAAAGAAAAUGAAAAGUUUUGACAACAUGUGUUCGUGUUCGCCGUUUGAAUGUACGUGUACACAUAUCCGAGUGAAUCAGUAUCAGUCCGCAUAUAUGGAUGGCCAACAACCAGACGUCCUUAGACGUUCUAAUUCAUGGACUCCACAGAUAUAUGAAGCAUCUUCGUCACCAUGGCAACGCCCUUUCUCAUUGGACACAAAUCACAAUCAGCCGGGACUUUAUAAGUCAUGUGAUUUACAGGAAAAUCGUCCUUACAUACAUGAGGAACAAAACUUAUUGUCGACACUCUUCCCUUCAAUGUCUAACCAGUCUAGAAACUACUCCGAUACCUCCGUCCACAACUCUGCUUUCUGCUCCAAGAGCGGUUCUGUAAACUUUUUACACCGAUUCGGGUCGCGAGGUAUCCCAAUGCCAGAGAUUCUAUACCCUGUGUCUUCUCUACCUGUAGAUCCUCAGGAUAGACCAGACUAUCGAUCUUCUCGGCCCAUUGAUCGCUACGGUGAAAAGGAUCCGUUUGGAUUUCUGUACGAAUCCGACACGGAUAAAGGGGUGGAGAAUCCUUCUUCCGUGAGGGUAAAGGCUGAACCGGGUUGUGAUGAUUCAUCAACUAGUCUUCUAGCACAAAAACAAGGCAAGGACGCGCAAUAUCUUUCAAACGUCAUAGGAAGCUCUCUUCAUGACAAUAACACUAAUAAACUAUGUGACGACUUUGUGAAUAUCGACGUGUUGGAUCACAGUUCCCAACUUUCCGCGUACCCUGACACAUCUGACUCUGAUGUGUUCCAGUCGUUUGUACCCCGGUUUUCGUCAGACAUUCCAAAUAUGCCUCCUAGCACGAGCGGUCAGUGUCAGAUGGUCACGUCUUCCACACCUCAGUAUGUAGAACUCAAACCAAUGAAACGCAACAACGACUCUCGGCAUCGACGUCUGUCAGACGGCGUUCAGACUCCAAUAAGUUAUAGUACAAAACAAUCCGAACAUUCUAGUCAGAAAUUAACCGAUUCUAGUUACCAAUCUGGUGUGUUUAAUGAAUGUCUACCUUUUGGGGACGUUACGUCACAUUCCGGGGGAACGACCCAGAGGUCUUUACCAAGUAGGUGUGACCUGCCUCCAGGCCCCACCCGGCCAUACGGGAGCGAGGGCCACUGUGGUCACUACCAUAGCGAUAUGUACCAAUGUCCUUCAAGUAACUGUUCACAGAUGAAGCAACAGUUAUGUAACCAUAGUAUCAACAUAACACUGACAUAUAAUUAACUUAAACAUGAGGAAAGAAUAUAACACAUCCACAGUUUUUUGCUAAAAAUAUAUGAAAUACCAAAUAAUCACGAAAAAAUUCCGUAUGUUUUAAUGUAAGUAAAUUCAAAAGAGUAAGAAACAUCGGUAAAACAAGAUAAACGCGCGAUAAUACCGAUCUUUAAAAUCAACAUUGUGAUAAUUACCAAAUAAUAUUUACCGAUCAUCAUGUUUAAGAUUUGUUUAGCUCAAGUAAGUUUCUUUUUCAAACUAUGUAUUCGAGCUAUAUUUUAUUGUGUCUGUAAUCGACUCCCGACCAAAUGUCCCCGUGUCCAUUCCACGUGUUUGAAGUGCCAUGUCGGUAAUCGUACUUCUGGUAAGGUGAUCACGAGACCCCCAUGGUUGCCUCCCAAACCCCUAUUUACGUGUUAAAUGUUUUUUUUAUGGUAUAUCAGUAUUACAGAUUUGUAUUUCUAUGCAAGUGUACAAUCUGGUCAAUCUACGUUGGAUAUUUCCAGUGCCUUUUUUUUUUAAUUUAAUGUUGAAUUUUCUAUACUUA